GGGAGGAUGUUAUUCCAAAUCUACCCUUGCAAGUUUAUAUGGUUACGAGAAAGGUCCUUGUGUGUUGAAGAGGGUGAUGCUUAUUCCAAUGAAAACAAGAAGAGAUGAUAGAACAAAGAUUUGUUGAUUAAUUAAAAUGUUGCUUUCUCUUCCUCCCACUCACCGAUCUUUUCUUCAACCACUUUUAUUCCUCCGAAACCAAAACCAAUCAACUUCUUCUCCUUCUUCAAUUUCCACACCCAAUUACAAAAUCAGCCACCAAAAACGCGUGCUUCAUUUUUCAUGCUGCUACACAAACAGAAAGCAGCAUGAAAACAAAGGAACAAGUAGCAGCAAUAGAAGAAUAAAUGUAGUUGUUAGAGCAAGGCGUGGUGGUGGUGUUGGUGGCGGUGAGUCUCCCUAUGAAGUUCUGGGUUUGUCUCCUUCCGCGUCUGUCAAUGAAAUCAAAAAGGCAUAUCGGAAACUCGCUCUCAAGUAUCAUCCUGAUGUCAAUAAACAGGAUAAAGCACAAGAGAAAUUUAUGAGGAUAAAACAUGCAUACAAUACGUUGUUGAAUUCUAGUUCGCGCAAAAAAUAUGAUUCUGGAAGUCGUGGUUCUAAUUCUUCUCAAAGAAGCCAAAGUUGGAAUCAACAGGCUGAAGAAGAAUUUUAUGGAUUAGGUUAUUUUUUGAGAGAUGUUCAAAUAACAAUAGGAGACUUCUUUAAGGAUCUUCAAGAAGAAUUCAGGAACUGGGAAGCCAAUGCGGCUUCACAAGGAAAGCCGAAGAGCCUAUGGGAGGAAUUGGCGGACAUAGGAGAAGAAUUUGUGGAGUUCCUUGAGAAAGAGCUCAAUAUUGUUGAUCCAAAUGACAAUCCUCAGGGAGGAAAUCCAUCUAAUUUAUAUGGGACAGAGACACCAAGCAACAACACUCAAGAUGAAACUAGCAAGGGAAAUACCAGCGUUGAGGAUAACCUUGAUGAAAUAGAAGCAACUCUAGCUCGGUUAAAGAAGGAGUUAGGCUUAUAGAACAAAAUGGUAGCUGGUUGAAGAGCAAAUGUCAAUUUAUUGCCUCUGAUUCUCUUCUCGAAACAUUUUAAGUAGAGGCAUAUAUCUCUUGGUAGCUAGUGGGAACUCGAGUCCAAAUUAGAGGAGUAACAUUGUAGAUCGUGUACAUUAUCGAUAAUGAUCUUUAGAAUUGUAACAUGUUAAUUAAGUCUGUCCAUUUACUUGAUUAUUAUCAAAUGCAUUUUUGACAUUAUUCAGGUAGUUUCAAAUGUAUCAUCAAUAUUAAUAACUUAA